GGCCAGACCUGCAGGGAAAAAAAUUAAUUAGAAUCAAAAGAACACACUUUUCAGGAAAAUCAAUGUUUUGCUAUUAAUUUAAUUUAAUGCCAGCGUAGUACCCCCGCGAUCAUCACCGGAGAAUUGAAGGUGGUCUCUGUGUCGAGGUCAGAUCCAUGUGAACUCUCUCAACUCCGGAGACAAGUCAAUUAAAAAAAAAAAAAAAAUUCUACUUUUGGGGUUUCCACAGCAGUUCUGCUAGCAAGGGCAAUGCCGUUCUAGAAUCUCAGAAGUGAAUGCAAGGCGGGUUCUCUAAAGUGGGAUUGGUAGGAAAUCUCUUGAAAAUUCAAUGAAGGCGGGGAGUGCUGCGAAGUUGAUAGUGGAUGCCCUACUCCAGCGGUUCCUUCCACUUGCUCGGCGGCGUAUUGAAACCGCUCAAGCUCAGGAUGGACAGUACCUACGGCCGUCUGACCCGGCUUAUGAGCAAGUACUGGAUUCUUUGGCUAUGGUUGCUCGACAUACACCUGUACCAUUACUGGAAGCAUUAUUGAGAUGGAGAGACAGUGAAUCCCCAAAGGGUGCAAAUGAUGCAUCUACAUUCCAAAGAAAGCUUGCAGUAGAGUGCAUUUUCUGCUCUGCAUGCAUCCGCUUUGUAGAGUGCUGCCCACAGGAGGGGCUUACUGAGAAGCUGUGGUCUGGGCUUGAAAAUUUUGUUUUUGACUGGCUGAUAAAUGCUGACAGGGUUGUUAGCCAGGUUGAAUAUCCCUCAUUGGUUGAUCUGAGAGGGCUUCUUCUAGACCUAGUUGCUCAACUCUUGGGCGCUUUAUCACGCAUCAGGUUUAGUUCUGUGACUGAGCGGUUUUUUAUGGAACUUAAUACGCGUCGAAUUGACACUAAUGUUGCCAGAAGUGAAACACUUAGUAUCAUUAAUGGAAUGCGUUACCUGAAACUGGGGGUUAAAACAGAGGGUGGAUUGAAUGCAUCUGCAUCUUUUGUGGCAAAAGCAAACCCUUUAAACCGUGCCCCACAUAAACGCAAAAGUGAACUUCACCAUGCUUUAUGUAAUAUGCUUUCAAACAUCCUAGCACCCCUUGCAGAUGGCGGGAAAAGCCAGUGGCCACCUUCUGGUGUAGAGCCUGCACUUACAUUCUGGUAUGAAGCUGUUGGACGUAUUAGAAGUCAGCUCGUACAUUGGAUGGACAAACAGAGCAAACAUAUUGCUGUUGGUUACCCAUUGGUGAUUCUUCUUCUCUGCCUUGGUGAUCCUCAAAUAUUUCACAUGAACUUAAGUGCUCACAUGGAGCAGCUCUACAAGCUCCUUAGAGAUAAGAAUCACCGUUUCAUGGCUUUGGAUUGUCUUCAUCGAGUUUUAAAAUUUUACUUGAGUGUCCAUGCGGCUAACCAGGCCACAAAUCGUAUAUGGGAUUACCUAGACAGUGUAACCUCACAGCUCUUAACAGUUCUAAGGAAAGGGAUGCUUACUCAGGAUGUCCAGCAUGAUAAGCUUGUUGAGUUUUGUGUAACUAUAGCUGAACAUAAUCUUGAUUUUGCCAUGAAUCACAUGAUACUAGAAUUGCUCAAACAAGACAGCCUUAGUGAAGCAAAGGUUAUUGGUCUUCGUGCUUUGCUUGCCAUUGUCAUGCUGCCUUCUGGUCAGCACGUGGGUUUGGAUAUUUUUAAAGGUCAUGAUAUUGGCCACUACAUUCCAAAAGUGAAAGCUGCCAUUGAGUCAAUACUGAGGUCAUGUCAUAGAACAUACAGUCAAGCACUGUUGACAUCUUCAAAGACCACAAUAGAUGCUGUAACCAAGGAAAGGUCACAAGGGUAUCUAUUCCGUUCUGUGUUAAAGUGCAUCCCAUAUCUAAUAGAAGAAGUUGGACGAAGUGAUAAAAUCACUGAAAUAAUUCCCCAACAUGGCAUAAGCAUUGACCCUGGUGUUCGUGAGGAAGCAGUACAAGUACUAAAUCGUAUUGUGAAAUACCUACCCCAUCGUCGUUUUGCAGUAAUGAAAGGAAUGGCCAACUUUAUAUUACGACUUCCAGAUGAGUUCCCUCUUCUCAUUCAAACAUCACUAGGACGUCUACUGGAACUAAUGCGCUUUUGGAGAUCCUGUCUAAUAGAUGAUAGAAUGCAAUAUGAUGCUCAAGAUGCAAGACCUUUGGGGCAUGAAGCUGAGAGAUUUAGAAAGUCUUCCUUCCAACAAAUGGGAGAAGCAAUCGAAUUUCGUGCAUCAGAAAUUGAUGCAGUUGGUCUAAUUUUCCUUGCAUCUGUUGAUAGUCAAAUCAGGCAUACAGCAUUAGAAUUAUUGCGAUGUGUCCGGGCCUUGAGAAAUGAUAUUAGGGACCUGAGGAUUGAGCAACCAAAUCAUCUUCUGAAAUAUGAAGCUGAACCAAUAUUUAUUAUUGAUGUUCUAGAAGAACAUGGGGAUGAGAUUGUCCAGAACUGCUACUGGGACUCAGGGCGACCUUUUGAUUUGAGAAGAGAAUCUGAUGCCAUUCCUCCUGAAAUGACACUUCAAUCUAUAAUAUUUGAGAGCCCUGAUAAGAACAGGUGGGCUCGGUGUCUUAGUGAGCUUGUCAAAUAUGCUGCCGAGCUUUGUCCAAGCUCUGUCCAGGAAGCAAAGGUAGAGGUUAUGCAACGCCUUGCUCAUAUUACCCCAGUUGAGUUGGGUGGGAAGGCUCAUCCAUCACAGGAUGCUGAUAAUAAACUGGACCAGUGGCUCAUGUAUGCCAUGUUUGUCUGUUCAUGUCCACCAGCUGCUCGAGAAUCUGGUGGAACUUUAGUAACCAAAGAACUCUGCCAUCUUAUUUUCCCUUCAUUGAAAUCUGGAUCUGAUGCACAUGUUCAUGCAGCCACCAUGGCUCUUGGCCACUCGCACCUGGAAGCAUGUGAAAUCAUGUUUGCUGAACUUACAUCUUUUAUUGAAGAGGUUUCUUCAGAGACAGAAGGAAAACCCAAGUGGAAGAGUCAAAAGUCUCGCCGUGAAGAACUCCGUAUCCACAUUGCAAACAUAUACCGUACUGUUGCUGAAAACAUAUGGCCAGGCAUGCUUGCCCGCAAGCCAAUUUUCCGUCUCCAUUAUCUUAAAUUCAUUGAUGAAACAGCUAGACUGUUCUCAACAGCCCCUCCGGAGAAUUUUCAAGAUAUGCAGCCCCUCCGCUAUGCACUUGCUUGUGUUCUAAGAUCAUUAGCCCCAGAGCUUGUUGAUUCAAAAUCAGAAAAAUUUGACGUUAGAACUAGAAAGAGACUAUUUGAUCUUCUACUCUCCUGGUCCGAUGAUACAGGCAGCACCUGGGGUCAAGACAGUGUUAGUGAUUAUCGACGUGAGGUUGAUAGAUACAAGUCUUCUCAACAUGCCCGCUCAAAAGAUUCAGUGGACAAAAUAUCAUUUGACAAAGAAUUGAAUGAACAGGUUGAGGCUAUCCAGUGGGCAUCCAUGAAUGCGAUAGCAUCACUUUUAUAUGGACCAUGCUUUGAUGACAAUGCAAGGAAAAUGAGUGGUCGUGUGAUAUCUUGGAUUAAUAGUUUGUUCAUAGAGCCUGCCCCCAGGGCUCCCUUUGGUUACUCACCUGCUGAUCCACGAACUCCAUCAUAUUCAUACUCCAAACACAUGGGAGAUGGUGGCCGUGGAACUGCUGGUCGUGAUAGGCAUAGGGGUGGCCAUCAUCGUGUUUCUUUGGCGAAAUUGGCUUUGAAGAAUCUUUUGCUCACAAAUCUGGAUCUUUUUCCUGCUUGCAUUGAUCAGUGCUAUUACUCCGAUUCUGCUAUAGCUGAUGGCUACUUCAGUGUUCUAGCUGAGGUAUAUAUGCGCCAAGAGAUACCAAAUUGUGAGAUACAGAGACUCUUGAGCCUGAUCCUUUACAAGGUGGUGGAUCCAUCAAGACAGAUCCGUGAUGAUGCCCUUCAGAUGCUGGAGACUCUCUCUGUUCGUGAAUGGGCUGAUGAUGUUAUUGAGGGCUCAGGAAGUUAUCGUGCUGCUGUUGUUGGUAACCUUCCUGACUCCUACCAACAAUUCCAAUACAAGCUUUCCUGCAAACUUGCCAAAGAUCAUCCUGAACUCAGCCAGCUUCUUUGUGAGGAGAUCAUGCAGAGGCAAUUAGAUGCAGUGGAUAUAAUUGCUCAGCAUCAGGUCUUAACUUGCAUGGCUCCAUGGAUAGAGAACCUUAACUUCUGGAAACUCAAGGAAGGCUGGAGUGAAAGACUAUUGAAAAGUCUUUACUAUGUGACUUGGAGGCAUGGAGACCAGUUCCCUGAUGAAAUUGAGAAAUUAUGGAGUACCAUUGCUAGCAAAAACAGGAACAUUAGUCCUGUUCUGGAUUUCUUAAUCACAAAAGGCAUUGAAGAUUGUGAUUCAAAUGCAUCAACUGAAAUAAGUGGUGCAUUUGCCACAUAUUUCUCUGUUGCAAAGCGAGUAAGUCUAUAUUUAGCUCGAAUAUGUCCUCAGCGCACUAUAGAUCACCUAGUUUUCCAAUUAUCUCAGCGGCUGCUAGAGGAUAGCAUUGAGCCAAUUGGGCCAAGUGCAAGUAAGGGUGAUGCUACUGCAAACUUCGUGUUAGAGUUUUCACAGGGUCCUGCCAUGGCUCAGAUGGCAUCUGUUGUGGAUAACCAGCCACAUAUGUCCCCUUUGCUUGUGAGAGGUUCUCUUGAUGGUCCACUUAGGAAUGUAAGUGGCAGCUUAAGCUGGAGAACAGCUGGGAUGACUGGACGGAGUGUUUCGGGUCCACUAAGUCCAAUGCCUCCAGAGUUGAACGUCGUGCCAGUAAAUACAGGGCGAUCUGGUCAGCUCCUUCCAUCGCUGGUUAACAUGUCUGGACCCUUGAUGGGUGUCAAAAGUUCAGCAGGGAGCUUAAGGAGCCGCCAUGUUUCACGGGACAGUGGAGAUUACCUUGUUGACACACCAAACUCAGGUGAAGAUGGAUUGCAUGGUGGGGGUGCCAUGCAUGGUGUGAAUGCAAAGGAACUUCAAUCGGCCUUGCAGGGUCAUCAGCAGCAUUCCCUGACACAUGCAGAUAUAGCUCUGAUUCUACUUGCUGAAAUUGCAUAUGAGAAUGAUGAAGACUUCCGGCAAUACUUGCCUCUACUCUUUCAUGUCAUAUUUGUUUCUAUGGAUAGCUCAGAAGACAUAGUAUUAGAACACUGCCAGCAUUUGCUUGUUAAUUUGUUAUAUUCACUUGCUGGCCGUCACUUGGAACAGUAUGAGGUGGAAAAUAGUGAGAGGGAGAACAAGCAGCAGGUUGUAAGCUUGAUUAAAUAUGUACAAUCAAAGCGGGGAAGCAUGAUGUGGGAGAAUGAGGAUCCCACAGUUGUAAGAACUGAGCUACCAAGUGCUGCUCUUCUUUCUGCUUUAGUUCAGAGCAUGGUGGAUGCUAUCUUCUUCCAAGGGGACCUUCGGGAAACUUGGGGGGAAGAAGCUUUGAGAUGGGCUAUGGAGUGCACAUCAAGACACCUUGCCUGCCGUUCCCACCAGAUCUACCGAGCCCUUCGACCUAGUGUAACAAGUGAUGCUUGUGUAUCACUUCUUCGGUGCCUUCAUAGGUGUCUAGGAAACCCAGUGCCUCAAGUAUUGGGAUUUAUUAUGGAAAUUCUAAUGACAUUGCAAGUUAUGGUGGAGAAUAUGGAGCCAGAAAAGGUGAUACUGUAUCCUCAGCUAUUUUGGGGAUGUGUUGCUAUGAUGCAUACAGAUUUUGUGCAUGUCUACCGCCAGGUUCUUGAGCUUUUCUCUCAUGUGAUUGACCGGCUAUCAUUUCGUGAGCGAACAACAGAAAAUGUGCUCCUUUCAAGCAUGCCUCGUGAUGAACUUGAUAAUAGUGAUCUGGGAGAAUUUCAACGUACAGAAUCCAGAAGUGGCUUUGAACUUCUGCAAGAAGGGCAUCUGCCACCAUUUGAAGGAGUGCAGCCUCUUGUUCUUAAAGGACUUAUGUCCACUGUCAGUCAUAGUGUUUCCGUUGAUGUCCUUUCACGUAUUACCGUGCAUUCAUGUGACUCUAUAUUUGGGGAUGCUGAGACAAGACUCCUGAUGCACAUUAUUGGAUUACUCCCUUGGCUCUGCCUUCAGCUCAGUAAAGAUCCAGUGAUAGGUCCAGCUUCACCUCUCCAACAUCAAUAUCAAAAAGCAUGCUCUGUUGCAACCAAUAUUGCAAUUUGGUGCCGAGCAAAAUCGUUGGAUGAAUUGGCCACAGUGUUUGUGGCUUACUCCCGAGGUGAGAUCAAGAGCAUAGAUAAUUUCCUGGCGUGUGUUUCCCCACUACUGUGCAAUGAGUGGUUCCCAAAACAUUCAGCUUUGGCUUUUGGGCACUUGUUGAGACUACUGGAAAAGGGGCCAGUUGAGUAUCAACGGGUCAUUCUGCUCAUGCUCAAAGCUCUCCUUCAGCAUACUCCAAUGGAUGCUGCGCAAAGUCCACAUAUGUACGCAAUUGUAUCUCAGUUGGUGGAAAGCACGUUGUGUUGGGAAGCACUAAGUGUCUUAGAAGCCCUUCUACAGAGUUGCAGUUCAUUGACUGGUUCUCAUUCACACGAUGCUGUGUCAUUUGAGAAUGGUAUCAGUGGACCUGACGAAAAGUCGCUUGCUUCCCAGACCUCAUUUAAGGUCCGCAGUGGCCCUUUGCAAUAUGGGAUGGGAUCAGGAUUUGGAGCAGUUUCUGCGCCAACACAGGGUGGGAUAACCGAGUCUGGGACCUCACCAAGAGAGAUGGCUCUGCAGAAUACUCGCCUGAUUCUUGGUCGGGUACUUAAUAACUGUGCUCUAGGUAGGAGAAAGGACCAGAAGAAAUUGGUGCCUUUCGUGGCCAAUGUAGGGAACCCAUGAAUGCAAAAUUUCAUGAUUUUGUGUAUAUAUUGUUGAAAGAUGCAGUAGGAUUGUUUUAGGAGAGUUUGAAGCUGUACAUAGGAUUUUAAAGACAGUAGUAUCACAGUUUUGUAGCACGCGUAGUCGCACAGACAAUAUCCUCUCCAUGAUUCAAAUGUCAUGUAUAAUUUAAGCUAAUUUAGAUUGCUCCACUGUUCUCCUUGUGUUAUAUGUGGCUAACCAUAUUGGUGUAGCUGCUGUAUGUCAUGUUCUGUAACUUUCGCUGUUCUUGCGUCUUGGGUUUCUCUCACCUCCAAGUUGGAGGAGGUACACGAGGGAGAUCGCUGAUGCUUGAACUCUGAACUGCUAUAGAAUAGAAAGAUUCUUUAACAGGCUA